CGAUGAAGGACGCCUAUAUGUCGGUGUCGAGAAUACGGCCGUCUCGGAGAUGGGGCAACUGAUCUUGAGUCCUUGAGGCAUGCUGGCAGCCCUGAUCCUGCUGCUGGCAUGGAGCGGCCAGGGGGUGGCGACAGACCGCCCUGCGCUUCCCCCUACUUCGGUGUUCUUCAGCGCCGAGGGGCCAGGCUCUGCAGGACAGGCUGUCAUCGCCCCUAACGUUGUCGUGGAGGGGGAGCCCCUAGGGGCGCCCACCACCCAGGGCGGGCCUGAGGAGUGCUCGGCCGUCUGCCGCGCCGGCGGCGGCGACUGUGACUGGUUUCGUUUUUGUGACAGCGACGACGGCUGCCCUGAGGGCGGAGCGGACGGGGCGGGCCUGGCAUUCCAGGCCUGCCUGCUGCUGCGCGCCAACUGCUCCCUGCAGCCGGUGGUGCAGCCCAGCAGCAGCGACAGCCACAUCAUGUCAGGCUUCCCCGUGCGCCAGGCGCCGAUGUCGCUGAGCGGCUUCACGCCGCUGGCGGCACAGGGCAUCCUGGGCGGCGACUAUGAGUGCCCGGAGUCGCUGCUGCCGGGCGCCUGCGCCAUCCGCGGCACCCUCACCGCCGCCAGCACCUGCAUCCGCUCGCCAGAGUGCCGCGCCGUCACGGUGUACCAGAACGGCACCGACGGCUGCUCGGGGCAGGCCAUCGCGCUGCUCAAGGCGCAGGGGCUGUCGCCCGCCAAUGGAUUCAUAUCGCCCUCCACAUACACGCUGCUGGUGGCGGAGGCGCAGUCGCAGGAGUCCAACUUCUGGCUGCUGGCCGGCGAGGGCGAGGUGGUGGUGGCGCCCGAGGCGGCGCAGGCGGGCGCCGACGCCGACGCCACGGUCGGCCUGACUGCCUGGAAGGGCGCCAUCGUGGCUCGGGGCGCGGUCAUGGGCGGGGCGGUGGUGGGGGUGGUGGACGGCGUGGCGACGGCGGAGGAGUGCGCGCGGGAGUGCCACCGGCGCGGCGCGGGCGCCGCCAACUUCAGCGGCGGCUGCAACGUGGUCAACCACUGCCACCGCCAGGGCGGCUGCCGCUACCAGGACGCAGACCUGAGCCGAGAGGAGGUGGCACUGGGCAGGGGGCAGUGCGAGCUGCGGUCUCAGGAGCUGGCCAUGCCCAGCAUCGGCUCCCCGCCCGUGCUGCUGGGCAAGGGGGCGGGGGUGGAGUUCAGCGUGGGGGCGCCGCUGGUGGAGUGGGGGCCCGAGCUGGCCGGCUACCAGCGCCACCCGGGCCGCUCGCUGUUUGCCAGCGGGCGCUUCCAGUGCGAGGGCAGCCUGAGGCCCCAGGCGCAGGAGUGCGUGCUGGAGGGCUCGCCGAGCACCCUGGCCGCCGCCUGCGACUCGGCAGCACAGUGCGCCGCCUUCCUGCUCAAGCCCGGCUAUAUUGUGGAUGGGCAGCCCACGCUGGCGCCGCAGGGGAUGCAUGUGGGCAUCUUGAAAGACGCGGUGAUAGAGCCCUCGGCCUGGGUGCUCAACCCCACCACCACUCUGUACGUGCAAGACGGCUCGGGCGGCGGCGGCGGGCUGUCGGCGGGCGCCAUCGCCGGCAUCGCAGUGGGCUGCGCGGCGGGCGUUGCGGCAACGGCGGCGGCCGCCUGGCUGCUGGCGAGGCGGCGGUGGCGGCGGCAGCGGCAGCCGGGCGCUGUCGCUGCGGCGCCGGGCGCGCUCAAGAGCCACAAGAGCGGCAGCGUGAGCACGCAGGAGGAUGGGGCGGAGGCGUGCGAGGCGGGGGAGGGCAAGCGGGGCGGCUUCCUGCCGCGCGCGGUGCAGGUGGCGCCACAGCAGCAGGCGGCCAAGCCGUCGCCCUUUGUGAGCACCGCGGCGGCGGCGCCGGGGGCCGCGCCCGGCCCCUCUUUCAGCAGCGGCCAGAGCGGCGGCAGCGGCGGCAGCAGCAGCAUGGAGCGGCCGGCCGGGUCCGCGCCGCGGCGCGGCUCGGCCGGCGCGCAGCCCUUCCCCGGCGCCGCCAACCGCGCCCCGCUGGCGCCAGGCGUCGACCCCCUGUGCUUGAGCACCGCCGCCCUGAGCGCCGCCCUCAGCAGCGGCGCCAUGUCUCCAGUGGUGGCCGCGGCGGCCGCCCGCUCACAGCAGGUCGCCAGCGGCGACGGCGCCAGCGCCAGCGCCAGCGGCAGCAGCGCGCAGCUGGCGCCAGCUGGCGACGCGCUCGACCCGCAGGCCGGCCGCGGCGCCGCGCUGCCGGAGCUGGUGCAGCAUGUGGCGGUUCAGGACGCGCUGGCGCUCACUGCUGGCGCCACCAGCAGCCGGGGGUCCUCCGAGCGAGGCGCCGCGGCACUGUCUGUGGAGGCGCUGCCGCCGCGGCUGCGAGAGUGGGUGGUGGACCCUGGCGAGUACGAGGUGAUGCGCUGGCCCAACGGGAAGCCUCAGGAGAUAGGGGCGGGGGCCUCGGCUCACGUGUACAAGGUGCUGUACAACGGCGAGGUGGUGGCGGCCAAGGAGAUGGACAUCGAGGCCAGCGCCGCCAUGCAGGAGGCGUUCUUCAAGGAGGCCGUCAAGGCGGCCGGCAGCAACCAGCGCCUGUUUGCGUGGCAGCGGAGGGGGCGGCGGGUGGCGUACGAGAUUGCAAAGGCCCUCAACUACCUCCACUCCAAGGGCGUGGUGCACAUGGACAUCAAGAGCUCCAAUGCAAGUCCCGCAGCCAGCAAGCAUACUGCGCUAGUGCUGCUGACCGCCAACGGCGCGGUGCGCGUCACCGACGUGGGGUUCAGCCGCCAGAAGACGCACACGGUGCUGUCCAAUGUGCCGCUGGUGGGCACGUUUGCGUGGAUCGCGCCCGAGAUCCUCACCGGCAAGCAGCAGGUCACCGAGGAGGUGGACAUCUAUUCCUUUGGGGUGGUGCUGUGGGAGAUCAUCACUGGUGAGCGGCCGCAGCGCGGCAAGCUGCGCGCGCCCCGCGUGCCCGAAGAGUGCCCCCAGGCGGCGGCGGACCUGAUGCAGGAGUGCGUGAGCGAGACUCCCUCCAGCCGCCCCAGCGCCUCGCAGCUGCUGAAGCGGCUGGGGCAGCUGCUGGAGAAGCCCAAGCCUGGUGCAGCCGCAAGCCGCAAGCACUCUGACGGGGCUGCUGAGCCGGCUGUGGAUGCCCCCCUUGGCAGCGGCUGA